CCACAAAACACGCAUUCCUCAUAUAAAAAGAAUAUUACACUACUGUUCUAUUGCGACAAUGGCUUCUAAACACAUUCUUAUCGCCUUUGUUCUUGUCUUAACAUCCUUAGUUCUUAACGGUAAUAACUACACCGUUGAAGCACAACUCACGACCAAUUUCUACUCGAGUUCAUGUCCUAACCUCCUCUCCACCGUGCGAUCGGCCAUGCAGUCCGCCGUGAACCGCGAGGCACGGGCCGGUGCCUCCAUCCUCCGCCUCUUCUUCCACGAUUGCUUCGUCAAUGGAUGCGAUGGCUCGAUUCUACUAGACGACACGUCGAACUUCACGGGAGAGAAAAACGCUAACCCUAACCGCAACUCUGCUCGAGGGUUCGAUGUCAUCGAUAACAUCAAGACCGCCGUGGAGAGAGCUUGUCCUGGAGUCGUUUCUUGUGCCGAUAUCCUCGCCGUUGCCGCUAGAGAUGGAGUUGUACUGCUUGGAGGGCCUAAUUGGAAUGUGAAACUUGGGAGAAGAGACGCAAGAACAGCGAGUCAAUCAGGGGCCAACAGCAACAUCCCGGCACCCACUUCGAGUCUGAGUCAACUCAUUAGUAGUUUCGGCAAUGUCGGACUCUCGACCAGAGACAUGGUCGCCCUCUCUGGAGGGCACACGAUCGGACAAGCUCGUUGCACGUCAUUCAGAACGAGAAUCUACAACGAGACGAACAUCAACAGUGCCUUCGCAACGACACGUCAGCAGACCUGUCCAAGAACCGCUGGCUCCGGCGACGGAAACCUAGCUCCGUUAGAUAUUCAGACGCCGGCGAAUUUCAACAACGACUACUUCAAGAACCUCAUGGCUCAGAGGGGUCUUCUUCAUUCCGACCAAGAGCUCUUCAAUGGCGGCUCCACUGAUUCGAUCGUCCGUACUUACAGCAGCAAUCCGGCGACAUUUAAUUCCGAUUUCGUGGCGGCGAUGAUCAAGAUGGGUGAUAUUAGUCCGUUGACCGGUAAUAGCGGUGAGAUCAGGAGGAAUUGCAGGAGGCUUAACUAAGUAGAUCUCUACGUCCACGUGUCGGUUUGUUAUUGGGUGUUUUGUGUUUCGGGGGAGAAUAAGAUUUGGUGUUCGCCGGAGAUCUUGGAACAUGCAUGAUCUAAAGAUUUGUCGCUGUCGGAAUCUGGUUACUUAAAAGUGUCUGUUUUUUUUGUAUCUUUGGGUUGAAGUGUGUAUUUCCUGAUUUGAAGUUAAAUGAGAUCUAAAUUAUUUACCUUA